CCCCGGCGACUCCAGACAGCUCCUAAUUCGGGCGGCGGGCGCGGGCCCCGCUCCCGGCCCCGCCACCUGUUCCCGGCAGCCAAUGGGGCGGCGGGGGGCGGCCGGGGCGGGGCGCGGCUACAAAAGGCCGGGACGGCGCGCGCCCGCCCACCCGCCUAGGGCGCGCUCUCGGGAUCGUCGCGCGGACGCGGCCCAGCACCGGGAACAUUGCGCUCGUGGACCAGCCGGGCCGGAGCGAUGCUGCGGGUGCGGUGCCUGCGCGGCGGGAGCCGCGGCGCCGAGGCGGUGCACUACAUCGGGUCUCGGCUUGGAAGAACCUUAACAGGAUGGGUGCAGCGAACUUUCCAGAGCACCCAGGCAGCUACGGCUUCCUCCCAGAACUCCUGUGCAGCUGAUGACAAGGCCACUGAUCCUCUGCCCAAGGACUGCCCUGUCUCCUCGUACAAUGAAUGGGACCCCUUGGAGGAAGUGAUAGUGGGCAGAGCAGAAAACGCCUGUGUUCCGCCAUUCACCGUCGAGGUGAAGGCUAACACAUAUGAAAAGUACUGGCCCUUUUACCAGAAGCAUGGAGGCCAUUAUUUUCCCAAAGAUCAUUUGAAAAAGGCUGUUACUGAAAUUGAAGAAAUGUGCAAUAUUUUAAAAAUGGAAGGAGUGACAGUGAAGAGGCCUGACCCCAUUGACUGGUCGCUGAAGUAUAAAACUCCUGAUUUUGAGUCUACGGGUUUAUACAGUGCGAUGCCGCGAGACAUCUUGAUAGUCGUGGGAAAUGAGAUUAUCGAGGCUCCCAUGGCGUGGCGUGCGCGCUUCUUUGAGUACCGAGCAUACCGGUCAAUUAUCAAAGACUACUUCCACCGUGGUGCCAAGUGGACCACGGCUCCUAAGCCCACGAUGGCUGAUAAGCUUUAUGACCAGGAUUAUCCCAUCCAUUCUGUAGAAGACAGACACAGAUUGGCUGCUCAGGGAAAAUUUGUGACUACUGAGUUUGAGCCGUGCUUUGAUGCUGCUGACUUCAUUCGAGCCGGAAGAGAUAUUUUUGCACAGAGAAGCCAGGUUACAAACAACCUGGGCAUUGAAUGGAUGCGUAGACAUCUUGCUCCAGACUACAGAGUGCAUAUCAUCUCCUUUAAAGAUCCUAAUCCAAUGCAUAUUGAUGCCACCUUCAAUAUCAUCGGACCUGGUCUUGUGCUUUCCAACCCUGACCGACCUUGUCACCAGAUUGAUCUUUUCAAGAAAGCAGGGUGGACCAUAGUGACUCCUCCAACACCAGUCAUCCCAGAUGAUCAUCCACUCUGGAUGUCAUCCAAAUGGCUUUCCAUGAAUGUCUUAAUGUUAGAUGAAAAACGCGUUAUGGUGGAUGCCAAUGAAGUCCCAAUUCAAAAGAUGUUUGAAAAGCUGGGUAUCAAUACCAUUAAGGUUAACAUUCGGAACGCCAAUUCCCUGGGAGGAGGCUUCCACUGCUGGACCUGCGACGUCCGGCGCCGAGGCACCCUGCAGUCCUACUUUGACUGACCGGACCUGACGGAGCUUGUGGCUGGCCUCAGACACACCU